UAUAGGCUGCAUGCACUUUGCUGGGCUGCUCUGACCAGAAACCAUAGUCAGUUAGAUUUUAAAUCAUCAUUAAUUUUCCAGAAUUAUCCUUAAAAGGUGCAUAAUUAGGCUUCAAUUUCCAUGAUGGAUGUAAACCGCACAAUGGCUCUAAAUGAGGUUAUGAGGAUCACAAGAAGGAUAUGGAAGAAUUUCCACUGAGAUGCCGGUAUCUACGCUGCACACUGGGCUGAUUACAAAUUUCAGUGGAAGUAUUAGUGGAGGAAACCGCUUCCUGUAACAGCGUAUCACACAGAUAAAUGGAGUAAGAGAGAAGACGGGUGGAGGGGGGGACGCAGAAAACUUGACACGCCGUUCGAGUGAUGGUCAGUCAACACAAGUGGACUUUCCUCUUCAGGUGCGCCUCUGACACGUCCUAUAAUUACCACAUAUGUGGCGGAAUAGCCCUCGAGGGACCGGUCAGCGCGGCGGAGAGGCAGAAUAAAAAGUGAGCGUCACUUUCUGGGAGACGGGACUGCGACUUCGGCGAGGACGCACCGCACAUGCAGGGACCUGCAGCUCCGGAUCCUCAGCUGUCUCUCUCUCUCUCCGGGGUUCAGGAUGCGACUGCUCAUAUGACCUGAGAAGUUUUACCAAGACACAUCCGAGACCGGUUAGGAAACCUAAAUAGCCCAAAGGAGCACGCAUUUUCAUUUCAAUAGGACCCACCGGACACAGUCCAUAUUUGAGGACUUUCAAAGGUGUCCGGCGAAGAGAGGUUCCCCCUCACACAGACACACUCCAUCACAACACUGUAGCUAUGAGCGGACCCCGCAGGAGUGUUAUAAUUGGACUGAUGAUACUGAUGUGCGCGAUGACCGAUCACUGCAGCGAGAGUGCGCCCUCCACGGGGCCCACGGCGCGCGUAACAGCGGCCAGCGGGAACUUGAGGCGCAUGGCAGAGAUCGUGAGGCACGUGGAGAGCCGGGGACGGAACGGAGCGAAGACGGAGGCUCCGUCCAGCUCCCGGCCGGAGAGCUCCUCCGCCGAGCACAAGGACGCGCGCAACAGGACGGAGAAAGGGAAUCACGCUGUGGCAGUUGUAUGUCCCAGUCAACUCAGAAUGAAGGAGAAAUUCAUUAUACAUCUAACAGGUCCACUCUACUUCAGCCCCAAGUGCAGGAAGAAUGUGUACAGACUUUAUCACCACACCAGAGACUGCACGAUACCUGCAUACUUCAAAAGGUGCGCGCGACUUCUCACGCGGUUAGCUGGCAGCCCGCAGUGCACAGAGGGGUAGCACACAAAAGGUUUAAGCCAAAAAUGAGUACUCCAGAAGAAAGAAAAAAAGACUUUGGGAAUAAAAAGUGCCUUGGACAGUGAGAGGGAAGCCUAAAUCCAACCAGCCCGACUGACAUUAGGCACAGUAUUGUCCUUCACUCAGGUCCCUUCUGCUAAAGGCGUGGAUAUCAACCAAUCACCACUCUGGGCUGGGCCUCGAAGGUUAGCUGUCACCACAUGGGAGCACCCAGGCAACACAAAACCAGACCAGUGUAAAGGUGGUGAAUGUGAAGAGUGGACAAGAACAAGAAAAAAAAGUGGCUGAGAACAAUAAACUGUAAGUUCUUUUUUUCCUGCAAAAAGAAAGAAGAAACUUCUCCCCACAAAGGACCUGCCAUUGAUGAUUGGUUUGCCCUGCUUUAGCAUCCUGUUCUCCUACACUACCUAGAUAUGAAAAAAGUCUCACAGAACCCCAGCUGGCAGCCACAGCAUUGUUUCAACUGCCAUUAAAUAAUUCAAUGCAAGAACAUUUUUCUGCAUCUUUGUUUAACUCAAAAUUGUCACAGCUCUCCUGUGGAUAUUGGGAAGAACGUGGUGAAGCUUAUAUUUGAGUCCGUGGAAGGUUGAACUGUGCAUGCAGUCAUGUGAAAAAGACUUUCUAAUUUCUUAGACUUUCUGAAGCUCUCUAAGACAAAAUGUUCCUCAUCUGGAAUAAAGAUUUGGCAAAUGCAAAACCUAAGUUACUAUGGGGAAGCAGUGUGUGAAAAAACUAAGCAAAUCCUUACUGUUUUUAUUAAAAUUCAGAGAGUAAGUAGCAGACUGGUUAUUGACCUGACCAUCAACUACUGUGACCAUCUCUGCUAAAGCAUAAGUCUUGGUAGUUUUGAGUUCUGGAGCAUUAAAGUGUGUGUUGAUGUAAUUUUGUUGAGUAAAGAUAUCAGAAAUGACCUUAAAGAAACAACUGUUGGGUAAGAUUAUAUGGCCAUUUCGAGU